AUGCAUCAGCUCUUUGGGCUGGUUUUGGCCCAAAAGGACCUCUCUCGUGCAGGGGAUCUUUUCUCCUUGGAGGAUGCUGAGAUCGAAGGAAGCCUCUCAGAAGCUCUUGAACAAAUAAGAGUAAUUAGUUCAUCUGCGGACUACCAGACCAACGACAACGACCAGGCAGUGGUGGAAAUCUGCAUCACGCGCAUCACCACGGCCCUCAGGGAGACGGCGUCCAUCGGGCGGCACGGCAGGGCUCUGGUGGCCCUCUGGGAGUCCUGUCUGGAGCACAACCUGCAGCCCUCGGGAAAGGACGAGGACACGCCACACGCCAAAAUCGCGUCCGAUAUCAUGAGCUGCAUCUUGCAG